AUGCGCCUGAAAAGCUUAAACAGAAGAAGAGGAAACGGAAGCUGGCCCGACGGGCCUAGGUCAUUCUCUGGGAGAGUAUUAGAAAAAGCGUCUAACUGCUGCUGUGGAAAAAUCCUCACCAAGCUUUGGAAACAGUGUUCUGCUUCUCAACAACGUGGUCCCAGUUCUCCCAGAACCAGAGAAAAUCGGAGCUCCAAAACAAGCUGGAUAAAUACACCUAAGGGUCAUCGAUCAGCUGUGACGGAUCCGUCUUGUGUACUUCCCCAUAUGGAUCUGGACAGCAUGGAUCCAGAUCUUCUAAAAAUGGUGCUGAUUAAAGAAGAACCUCCUGAAGAACAGAGUGCCAGUGUUGAUCUACAGGACCCAGAUCACCUCCACAUAAAGGAAGAACAGGAGGAAGUCAGGACCAGUUUGGAGGGAGAGCAGAUCCAAUUGAAGGAUGAGGAGACUGAUCCUGCCAGAUUUCCCUUCACCACAGUUUGUAUAAAGAGUGAAUAUGAUGAAGAGAAACCUCUGUUCUCACAGCUUCAUGAGCAGCAAAUAGAAGACAGAGAUGUUCCAAGCAGUAGCUCAGCUGUCCAGAUGACAGCAGAACCUGGCAGAGGAGCAGAAACUAGCCAUAACCCAGAUGUGAACCAUCAUCAACAAACCACUGAUUCUGAGACUGAAGGUAGUGGAGCUGAAGAGGAUGAUGUGAAUCUAGACACCGAGCUGUUAGGUCCUGGGCCUGAAACUGGAGAUGAAAACAAUGACGGGAAUGAGAGCAGGUCUUCUGCAUCAGAUGUUAAGCCUGUCAACAAAUUCUUUAGCUGCCCUGAGUGUGGUAAAAAAUUUCUCCACGAGUGGUCUCUCCAGAAACAUACGAGAGUGACAGGUCAUUCAGCCGAAUGGUCUUCAGAGUAUUUGGUUUAUGAGAAGUGUGUUGGCGUUGAGCAGCAUGUAGACUCAUGCAAGAAAGUUCAGACACAACUAAAAUCAUUUAGUUGUGACGAGUGUGGAAAAGUAUUUAAUCACAAGACAAAUUUAAAGAGUCACAUGAGGGUCCACACAGGACAGAAGCCUUUUUCUUGUGAGUUCUGCGAACUAAGAUUUAGUCAUAACACAAAUUUAAAGAGUCAUUUGAGGGUCCACACAGGACAGAAGCCCUUUGCUUGUGAGUUCUGUGGACUAACAUUUAGUCAUAAAACAAGUGUAAACAGACACAUUAGAGUUCACACCGGACAGAAGCCUUUUGAGUGUGAGUUUUGUGGACAAAGAUUUAGCCAAAAAACUAGUUUAAACCGUCAUAUCACAGUCCACACAGGAGAGAAACCUUUUGAAUGCGAUAUCUGUGGACAAAAACUUAGUAAUAAGACUUAUUUAAACAGUCACAUGAGUGUCCACACAGGACAGAAGCCUUUUCCCUGUGAGAUUUGUGGACAAAGAUUUAGUCAGAAGACAUAUUUAAACAGUCACAUGAGUGUCCACACAGGACAGAAGCCUUUUACCUGUAACAUUUGUGAACAGAAAUUUAGUCAUAAAACAAGUUUAAGCAGACACAUGAUAAUCCACACAGGACAGAAGCCUUUUGCUUGUGAGCUCUGUGGACAAAAUUUUAGCCAAAAGACAAGUUUAAAUCGUCACAUGGGUGUUCACACAGGACAGAAGCCUUUUUCCUGUGAGCUAUGUGAACAAAGAUUUAGUCAUAGACCAAGUUUAAACAGACACAUGAGAGUCCACACAGGACAAAAGGAACUUCUUGAACUUGAAGAGUACCCAAAGGGGGCUAUGUAGUUUUGCAGUCUCGUUCCUUUGGCGUCUUUUCCUUUACCCUAGAUCAGAGCCACUUCUUUCUGUCCCUCAAGCCACAUAUUGUGGCCCCCAAAUUGUAAAUUUUUCACAAAAUCCCCUUGUCUAACAAAAGGUGGCAUAUAAUUGUUUGUGUCUUUCAUCAUUACUCAAUGAUGUUGUGCAGCCUGAGCUGCUGUCCUUAGGUUUCCCCUUUGGAAUUUAGCAGCAUUUAUCGUGGCUAGGGCUGCCAAAAACAACUAUUUUAAUAGUCGACUAAUCGCCAGUUUUGUUGAAGAUUAGUCAACAAAUCGUGUCAUGUAUAAAAGUGUAGCUAACUGCACCAGGAUGCUCUAAUACACAUAAUUUGCUUCUAGUUUGAAGUUUUAUCAGUUAUGUGCCAUCUAAAAUAAAAACAAGAUGAUAGUUUAUCAAAUAACUUUUAAUUAACUUUGUAACCUGCUAAUACAAAUGGUACACAGUUAAAUGGAGGUAGGCACCUAAAACCAAGAAUAAAUUUUACACAAAAAUGAUCUGCUCACAAUGUAUCUAGCUAAAAUAUUCAUUUUUGGCAUUUUAACAAACUCGUCCAUUGAAGAGGAGUGCUUAUUUUUUUAACACUAACUUAGCAGGAUAAAAUAAAUCAUUAGCAUUUGUAACAGAGCAAAUAUGUGACAUGCAAACGUGUUCUUGUAACACAAUCACCAUCACUACUAUUGUUGCUACACCUAAGAAAACAAGUAACUGUUGAUGUUGGCAGCUAGAAUUAAUAGGGUUACAGAGGUGACUCUUCAUUCUCCACCAUUUAAGGUGCUUGUACAUCGCCCAUGUGCUGCAGAGAAAGCAGAGUUUCACUUUGCACAUUUUGCACCGUACGUGCUUCUCUUUUGUAUUUGUAAAAUGCUCCCAAACCUUUGAGCUAUGUUGCCCACUCGCCAUGAUGUCUUCUUUCUCCGGUGAUUCUGAUCAAAGGCUGACCCAGAUGGCUACUUCUACACAUGUGCCUUGAGCAGUAAGGCAGAAAGCAGCCGCUGAAGGUGCCGCAGCAAGAGAGAGAGAGAGAGAAAAAAUAGCUCAUAGAAUAAAUGACUAAUAAAUCUAUAGUUGACUAUUUUGUUUGUCAACUUCAUAACGUAUCAACUAAUCGUGGCAGCACUAAUCGCAGCAUGUAUUCUUUGCCACUUAAUAGUUUGUGUGGUGUAGACGUACUUGUCUUUUUCCAGUGGUUUCUACCUUGAGUUGCGUUAAUACAUGUACACAUCUCUUUAUUUGUUUAGCCAGUGGAGUUUAGCCUGGAUUGGCCUUAGUUUGGAUGAUCCAUUGUCCCGCUUUAUGCGAGAUAUCUGCAUUAAGGUUACUGGCCAACAGCCUGGUGUCACCUGUCCUCCUGUGGAGACGUUUCAAUGACAUGGAGAAGGGCUGGGCAAUAAAUCGAAAAUUUCUCGUAAUCGAAAUUUCUGACUUAUUGUGAUAAUUUUUCCCAUGUUUGAUAAUAAAAAAAUGACAAGAUGUGUGGAGGUUGGCGAUGUUCAUGCCCCUUUAAGAAGCUGUACCACCUUGAGUCACAUAAAAACGUGACACAACUAAUACAUGCAACAGCCCCAUGUAGUGGAUAACUUUUGUUUCUGCGCAUACCUUAUUUAUCACCCAUUUAUCGUUAUCGAGGUGAAAUCCUCAAUAAGUCGUGAUAUUUUAGGCCAUAUCGCCCAGACCUAACACGGAGGUGUUCCAAGGGUAUGUGAGGAUUAAAUGGUAUGAUUCUGACCGAGGGUGUUGGUCUACUCGUUGACAGGGGUCAGUAAGGACUUCAAAGGGCACUGUUUUAGACAGACCUAAGGAAGUGAGUCCCAAACCCAGUGAAGCAGAAAGAUGCGGUCUGUUUAUUCCCGUUUCACAUCGCAGGAUAAUCUUGUCGAUUGUUGACCAGCUCUUAACAUUUUUAAGGAUGUGCACAAUUACAAGCUACGGCUCUGCAGACCGUUUUAGAUCAUCCUACAUUAUGUGGUGUGUAAUGAGUACUCUGGUCUGCUCUGGAGGAUCAUUCUGACCCUAAAUUACUGAUUUUUGUGGACAAACAUGCUGCCCGUUAAUGUAAGAUCUAGCCAGUCAAAGCGAGGUGACAGACGUGCACCACAUGCUCAUGCACUGUCGCGUUUCUUUUCAUUGAAGGCUCUUUUUAUCUUGUGAGGUUUGCCAUUUGAGCGGCAAAUAUCCGUUAGUGAAAGUGUGUAGUAUUUGUCGAGUUGCUGCACAUUACACACAGCACCACAGGUAUACUUUUUAUAACUGUGUGUGGUCUCAUGCUUUGAAAAUUGACUAUGUAAAAAUAGAGGUGACAAAUGUUUUGUGCUCUUAAAGAUAUCAUCUACAUCCCAUCUGGGGUUGAGUUGGUGUUUAAUGUUUAGUUUAGAUAAUAACAUGACCUAGUGUAAGACUCAGUUUUCAAACUUAAGGUUAUGGUCUUCUUUAGAUGUAGGCAAAUACAUAUUAGAUUAAUAAUUAGGAUAACUUCAUUCACUGUUUCACAUUGAGAUUUAUGUUUUAGCUGAUGGAAAAUUCUGUGUUUUCCAUAGAUUAUGAAACGAGAAAAAGUAAUACUUGGUGAUAAACAUGUAGUACCUUAUAGGUUUUAACUGUAUACUGUAGAUCAGGUGCUGAAAUUUUUCAUCUAAAUGUUCUCACAAAGCCUCUUUGAUUUCCUGUUGAAGCAAUUUAGUUUAUUAUUUUCUAAAUAUCUUUAACUACAUUUCCUUUUUUCCAUUAUAAUUAGUUUAGAACUCUUACCACUUUGUGUGUGAAGACUGUUUUACAUGUAUUCACCUUUAAAUGUGUAGUAGUGGUUUGGGGUCAUUUACUGACUGUUGUCGUGUCACUUAGAAUAACGUCGUCUUUGUUACUAUAGAUCUUAGCAUUGCUCUGUAUGCUUCUUAUUGCAAUAGAAUAAAAACUUUGUUUGAAUCCAGAA